UAUAAACCUCCCCAUACUGCAUGAUAAAGGUUGCAUGUUAAGGACUUUUGAUGAAUAAAACAAGAAUAUGAGUGACAAUAAAGGCAGGGGUGGAUCCUCCAGGGGUGGUAGUCAAGGAAAUCCAAGAGGAGGAUCUCAUGGAGGGCAGCGUGGUGGGCAGGCAGGCAGAGAAAAUCCCACAGGAAAGGCCAGAGGUGGAUCACAAGGUGGGCAUCGUGGUGGACAUUCGGGCAGAGGAAAUCCCACAGGAAAUGCCAGAGGUGGAUCACAAGGUGGCAGUGAAUUUUUUAGGGGUGGCUAUCAAGGACAUCCAGGACAGCGACCAGGGCAACAGAACUUCCAGCCUGGAAAUAAUCAGCAAUAUUUUCCAAGUCAGCCCAUAGGAUCUAAUGUACAUCAACCAAGCCAGCCAGGUUCUCUUCUUGGAAUGCCUCCACAAUCACAAGGUUUAUAUGGACCUCCUCAAAUGGGAAAUCAAAUGUAUCCACCGCCACCCCAGCAAGUACGGAUGCCAAAUUAUGCAGGGCAGCAACAGCCUAAUUAUGCAGGGCCACAACAGCCUAAUUAUGCAGGGCCACAACAGCCUAAUUAUGCAGGACAGCAAAAGCCCAAUUAUGCAGGGCCGCAACAGCCUAAUUUUGGAUUAAACCCCUAUCUUCCACAGGCACCACCAAGACCACUGCUACCACCAAAUCCUGAGGCAUCAGCUGGAUCAGCAAAGUUUGUUUACAAGCACCCAGUGACGGUUUUAAAUGAAAUGAAGAAAAAUGUUGUAUACAGGGACUGCCCCACCAAUAAUGAUUUUGUGUGUGUUAUUACGGAGGUUGAUGGAAGGUCAUAUGAAGGAUAUGCAGAGACCAAAAAAGAAGCAAAGAAAAAUGCAGCAAAAGAGGCAUUGAAGAACCUUUUUAAUAUCAUCUGUGUGGAAGGUCCUAAUGAAGAGGAAAAGGUACAAAAGGAGAGGAAAGAAAAAAGUACUGAGUCCAAAUUAAAACAGAAAAAGAAAGAUGAACGUGAGGAUGAGAAACUCAUCGAUGAAAUGUUAGAGGACCUGAAAAAUCUAACCAUGCCUGGUGUGAAUGUUGUUAGUGAAAAACCACCAUCAGCUAGAGACAAAAAACGAGGGGCACAAGGUGGAAACAGGCAGGGGGAACAACGGGAAAGACAAAACAGUGAGAGUGGUAUGAGUAGGCAGAAAGAGGACAGUGGUGGAAGUGAAGAGCCUCAGAGAGGAAAAGGUAGAGGUGGAAGAAGAAGGAGGGGGAGAGGAGGAACGGGUGUACUGGAGGAUGGGGAAGAAAUGCCAGGAGAGGGUGAUGUGGGCAAUGACUCUGACAAUGAGAGUGUGUGCAGCCAUGUUUCACAGCCAGGUAGAGGUCGUGGUAACAGGAGAAGAGGCAGGGGAAGAAAUGCUCCUAAUCAACCCAAUGAUGAUAGGGAUUCCUACCAAAGGAAUGACUCAGACAAUGAAAGUGUCAGCAGUCAGAGUUCACAGUCUGCAAGGGGUAGGAGUCAAAGAGGAGGAAGGGGUAGAGGUAGAGGAGGAAGGGGAGGUGAUCCAGGGAGAAGUGAGAGAGGUCAAGAGUCUAGCCAAGAUGGUGUGACAGAGCAGCCCAGCCGAGAAUUUGAAGAUGAUGCAGACGUAAGCUUCUCGGAGGCUAAGGUAUUCAAAUUCCUGGUGAGUACAAUGGGAGGAUGUGCCAGCAUAGCAAAAUUCAAAGAGGAAUAUACUCCCUUGCCUCCAAAUUUUGAUGAGUGGAUAAUGGAACCAAGGAAGCGACUAUCCAUUUUUAAAAGGAACCACAAACCUCUAUUUAUUAGACCCUUUCACAUCAAUGCUACAGUAUGUGCUCAUCAUAUGGGUUUUGGAGGAAAAAAGAAAUGUGACCGUAAGGAUUGCAGCCAUUUUCAUAUUUGUAACUUCUUCUUGAAUGGAUGGUGCAAACGUGGCUUCAAAUGUAGAAAAGGUCAUACAUUUACAAAAGGUCACAACAGGGUCUUGAAAGCAAAACUUGGGCUUAAUCCUUUUAAAGAUGUGGAAAUAAAAACCAUUGUUCAGUGCAGGUAUCCCCAGAUUUGCCACAGAAAAAGGUGUCCAGAAGGCGAUGAUUGUCCUUAUCUUCACAUCUGCUUUAACUACAUUCGAGAUAAAUGUGAAGAUUCUAACUGCCCUCGAGGACAUGAUUUAGAGACCCCUCACAACUUGUGGGUCCUCUCAUGCCACAGGAUGGACAAGUGGACCAAGGAGAAAUUAGCCCUGCUGAAGUUUCUCAUCAAUAUGCCAAGAAAACCAAGAAGCAAGAAGGACCCUGGUGAUGGAGCAUCCGCCGUUGAUUUUUCUGAAAUCAUGAGUAAUGUGGAUGAAUUAGAGUUGUCUGAUGACAUGGAUGAUGAUGAAGAUGAAGAUGAUGAUGGUGAGGAAGAGGAAGAUUAUGUAGAGGAAGAGGAAAAAGAUGUCUAUCCUGGAAGUUAUGGAAGAGACCCUUCAGAGUCAACAGAAGAGGUUUACCCCCAGAAGAGAAGAUUGGAUAGAAAAGACAGAUGGGCAGCCGACGUGGAGGACACAGAAUUCCUGGAGUAUGGUAGAAAGCCAGACACUGAGGCAUCCAUUCCAGGUAAUAAUGCACAGGAGGUGACGUCAAAGAGUAUAGCGGAAAAGGAUGCACACAAAAAAGACAUCUGUGUCAGUAGUUUGUUGGCAGCCUGCCAGGGGAGGGGCUGCGAUAAACACCACACACCUCUCCCCUACCUCUGGCAGAUCCGUAUCUAUGGCGAUUGGGUCAGCUUUAACGAUGCGGAAAACCAGAAACUGGAAAAAAGCUACUGCAGUCUAGAAGAUGUGGAAGGAGGGGAGGUGGAGUAUCAAGAGAGAAGAUACAGGGUUCACAUGAAGUUUAACGAGGAGAAGGGAGUUGUGUAUGAGAUAAUCCACGGAGAUGAACCCCUGAGUACACAAGACGUUCUCGCCAUUAGGCGUCUGUCCACGGCGUCGUUUGCUAAGGAGAGGAAGCCAUUGGCUGCCGGUUCGUUCCACACCCAGUGGCGGUGGUACUAUCAGGAUGAUGCCAAGCAGUGGGUUCUGUAUGACAAGGAAAGAUUCCAGUACACUUUGGAGAAAAAAUAUCUCAGUGGACAAAAGAGUUACCUUUUUACAAGAGAAAGCUACCGAUUUAAGUAUCGGAUAGAUUUUGCAGGUUUGCAGCAGACGAAUAUUGAUACAGAUAAAGUUCGCAAGAUUCUCCGUCGACCAGUGUUUCUCUCACUGGCAGAUGUGGCAGCAAAAUCCUUUCCACCCUACCUUGCCAUAUCCUAUCCCGGCUCCAGACCCCCUGGUUGGGCCCCAUGGGACUUGGCACAUGAUUUUGAAUUAGUGGAUUUGGAGGAAUCUAACAAAGAGUUCGUAGAUGUCAAAUCUUCCUUCUUCAGCACACUUAAGGAGGACAAUUUCCAGAUCUGCAAUAUUUAUCGUGUACAGAAUCUGGAGCUCUGGAAUGAGUACAAAAUGAAGAAGUCCAAUAUGGAAAGAAUCAGUGAGGCGAGAGGUGGAAGCGUGGAUGAGAGAAGCCUCUUUCAUGGCACAGAUUCCAUUAACACUUGUUAUGGAAUUUGUACUACCAAUUUUGAUUUUAGAUUGAGUGGUAAAAACGCCACUAUGUAUGGCCAAGGGUCAUACUUUGCUACUACUUCAAAGUACAGCAAUUGCUACACCAGAGGUCCAUUGCGGCUGAUGUUAAAAGCAAAGGUUCUUAUUGGUAGCUACACCAAAGGGGAGAGGGACAUGAAAUGUCCCCCGAUUAUGGAAGGUCACAGGCGGUAUGAUUCUUGUGUAGAUAAUAUGGCCAACCCAACAAUAUUUGUCACUUUUGACAGAAACCAGAGCUACCCGGAAUACCUGAUAGCAUAUAAAGAGAAAGAUGAUGAUCUCGUUUCGCCUGCUGCAGUUCCAAUGCCUGUGAGCAGGCCAACGUCUUUAGGAGCAACUGUUCAGAGUUCAAAUACAGGGUCUGCUAAUGCACAUUCUGGUUAUAACCAGAAUUUUUCUAGCAGUUCGUACAACUCUUCUAGCAGUGCUCAAGGCUACCCAACUCGAGUGAGUAGUGCUCAGAAUGCUGGUGCUCAACCUUCUGUGAGUGUAGGUCAGGUGUACAGCAACCCCUAUCUGUCAUCUCCCACUACACCCUCUGAUUUACCUGCUUCUCAGGUGAGUCCAGUAGAGUCCCCAGGUCUGUCUUACCGGACAUCUUCCGGGCGCGUGGAACGGAUGGACUAUCCAGAACGGAGGAAGAAGGAUGAUACCUGUAGUAUCCAGUAGACAGUGAGGAAGAGGAUAGCUUCAGUAUCCUGAAGACACAGAGAAAGAAGGAUAACUGUAGCAUCCACUGCUAUGGAUAGGAAAACUUUUUUACAUAAAAGCAAUUAACAUUUCACUGUAUUUCUCUUCUAAGUUUUGUAUUUUUGAUUACAAAUAGGUCAUGAGAAUCAAAUCUGUUAUGGAUGAAUUUGUACAUAAGCUAGUAUACGGUAAUUAUUUGGUAAUUGAGGAUCUUUUGUUUUUAGAUCCCACCAGUGUCAUGAAACAACAUGCCAUGAUUUUUCUUAUUUUUUCAUUUAUUCAUGAGAGCUAAAGAGCAAAAUCUGUUAAUUCAGUUAUUGGUGGAUACAAAGGAUCAGAUUACAAAUUACUUAUUACAAACAUUGUUGAAUAUUUGUUGUGCAUUAUGUAGAAAUCUUAAACAAACAAUGGGUUCAAGACCUUUUUUUCAAUCAGUUUAACUAUACCCUGGAACGUUAAGCAAGCUGCAUAAACUUGCCUUGUUUAUUCUCAAACCAUUGCUAAUACAAUGUAGCUGCAAACAUAGCCAACAUGAGCAAUCGAGAAUAUCAUGGUAUAUGACAGGGAUUGUGUUGGUAUUUUAAACCUUGUCAGCCAUUUUUAGCUGUAAGGGUUGUACCUGCUUGUACUAAAAUCACUGGUUAAGGAAAAUACAAAACAUUAUAUUCAUAUAUGAAUAUCAUAGAAAUAUUUUGUAUAUUCACCUAUGUUGAUAUUUUUCCUAUUGAAGGUUCAAGAUGAAAACAUAAGAGGGUUGAUGUGAACAGUUGGUUAUUUUACAGUAGACAAGACGUACUAGAGUUGUCACCAGUAUGUCAGUCUCACUGUACACAUAAACACUGAAUUUAUAGUGAUUUGUUGUUGUAUGUGGUACAUGUAUUUUGUUAUGCGAUACAGAAUGUGCCAUAAAAAGUUACUGUAACAGUGAUUAAGAAUAUCUUAAUGCUAUAAUCAAAAAUGAUGUAUGUACUGUAUAUUUAAGAUAUACUAAGUAUCUAAGUGAUGUAUUUCGUAAUGUACUGGAUUAUUUAGACAUUGAAGCAUGAGAUCAUGUCGAAAUAGCUAUAAGCACCUCAAGAAAGAUCGAGGUUUAUAACGUUGGUUAUUACAAAUGUUACGGAAAUCUUUUUAGUAAGGAUACAUGCUUUAUAGUAAGGAUACAUGAUUUUCAGUAAGAACACAUGCUUCUCUGUAAGGAAAUCUUUUCAGUAAGGAUACAUGCUUUUCAGUCAGGAUACAUGCUUUUCGGAACGGAUAUUACAUGCUUCUCAGGAUACAUGCUUUUCGGUAAGGAAACAUGCUUCUCAGUAAGGAUAUAUGCUUUUCAGUCAGGAUGCAUGCUUUUUGGUAAGGAGACAUGCUUCUCAGAUUUGUGGAAGGGAAUAAGAAGAUAAAAUCUGCCAUGACAUCUCUUGCACAACUUAAUAAGUUUAUAUGUAUCUUUAUAGAGUUGCUUAUAACCUUGAAACACACAUGUAACUAGGAAUAGUAGCUUCCCAGUAACAAAUAAAAAUAUAUACAUGUACCAGUAUAUAUAGACCUUGAAUGAAGGUCAGUUGAGCAAGGCUACACAAAUGGUGAGAAGUUAUUUAAUUCUUAAUUGUAUUUUUGAUUAACCAAACGUUAAUUGAAAUAUGAAUGAGAAACGGUAGCCACAUGUGACAGGAAAGCUUACUAAGACUGACAGAUGUGCCAUAAUCUAAUGCCCUGUUCACACGAAGAGUUUAAUUCUCAGUAAAUUAAUGCGAAGUAAACUAAUGUGAAUCAAAAUAAUGCGAAUUAAAUUGCAUUCACACGACAGCUAAAUCGAAGUAAACUAAUGCGAAUGAAUUAAAAUUUUAUAACUACAAAAAGACUAUUCAGGAAGGCUAUUAUGACAUCAUUUGUAAAUCACGUCAUGUAUGCAGAGCCAUCCAUUUGAAUCAUAGUGGCUACAGGGAUACAAUUAGUGAUUACCAUGCUUUUCCUUGAUUUUCGAACCAAAUGUAACACAGAUACCUAAAUCUAACCAUCAACAUGUGUACUGUGACUCAGUUCUGGCCUUAUGCAUGCAUCAAAAUUUAAUUUGAAUUAGCUUCGCUUAGCGUUCACACUGAGUUAAUGCGAAGGAAUUUAAUGUGCAGUAAAUUAAUUCGAAUUAAACUAAUUCGCAUUAAAUUCUCCAUGUGAAUGCUAAGCAAAGCUAAUUUGCAGUAAACUUACGUUUAAAUCGAAUUGAACUCUCCAUGUGAACAGGGCAUAUGUUUAAAAUUUGUAGAGUCUUUUUAUAGAUUUUUCAAACUUCUGUCUAAUAGAUAUUCAUCCUAUUGAGAUUGCCCACAUUUUGUCAAAUUCUCACCAUUAUUGCACAGAGGAGGGCAUGUGUGUAAUAUAAACUCGCAUUUUAGUGGAUUGUUGAAACAUGCAACCAACUUUUUUCACAUUACAUGAAUUAAAUUGUACGUUUAUUGGUUCUGAAAAAUAUGUAAAGUUUCAUUGCUUGAUUAGUGAAGUUAAUGGGCAUGGGGAGGUCUAAGAAUACAUAAAAAGCAUGAUUUCUUGAUAUGAAAAAAGAUUAUUUGUACACAUGUAAUUUCAGCACAUUUACAUAUAAUGUAUGACUUGUAGCCUAAGUUCAUGAAUCAAACUUAACAAUGAAAUGUAUAUGUAAUUAAAAUCGGUCUAUGUAUUUAAAGAAAAAUAUGUUAGUAUAUGUAUGUAUACUUAUACAGCAGUGUAUUGCAGUGACAUGUCUUUAUAAUAACAAAGGUGUAGGGAUUUUUUUAAUGCUUUAUUUUUAAAACGUUUUCUUCCAAACAAAAGAAGGUGUAAGAAAUUUUUGCAUUUUGAUUUUGAACACUAAUUACUGGUUAUUUUAAACAAUGAUUUUGAGUACUUGUAAAUCACUAAUGAAUUUUGAUCAUUUGCUUGUUCACAUUAUUAUGCUUUCUAAUGAUAUUUAGAAAAAAAAGAUGUUAACUUUCUGACAAUUAUAACCACAAAAGUUAAACUUUCUAUUUGUGUUUGUAAAUUAGUCACCCCCUUUUUUUAGCUCAAUUGAGUCAAAUGCUACAAGAAGAGACUUUCAGAAUAAAAUUGACCAGGAAAAAAGAGAAUGCUUUGAUUUGAAUUUAGAUUUAAUAAAUAGUGGCCUUGAAUGAUCAAUGUCUUUAGUAUAAAAAAAGUAUGUAAGGCCAUCUUUGAAAGACUUCUAUUUGCCCUCUUUUGACUUUUUGUUAAAAACAAUUGGGAUAAUAAUUUUAAAAGUAGAUGAUUUUUUUUUCUAGAAAAAUGUCAACAUACUUGUCAAUGAGAUGAGAAAAUUCUUGAAAAAAACUUUUUAAAAAAAUAUUAAAAAUAUUGUUUCUUGUAGGUUAAAAAAUGUUUUGAGUUGGACCAUUUUAGUCUGUUGGUUGGGAGAGGGCAAACAAAGAGUUUUUUUUAAAGGAUGGCUACAUUUGUGUAAGAUGUCCAUUUUAUGAUAAUGUAAUGCUAGUCUAGCUAGUAUAGUGUGUUUUCCUUUCUUCCUUUGGCUUUUCUUCUUCCCUCAAAACUAAGUUUGGGAGAAUAUACUGGAGGCUCUAUGUCUGUUUUUUUUUUCAUCUUUGAAGCUUAAUUCUAAACUUUGUAGAAAUGAUAAAACUACAGUUUAAAUAUGUGCUCCUUUUCAGGUUUUGUAAAAAUUUUAAAAAGUAUUUUAUUUCAUCAUAAUGUACAUAACUAGCAUUGAAAUAAGAGAAGUAAAAUUCUUAUCUGGACGUAUUUUUGAAAUCUGAAAGAAUUUUAUAGGCUAGUACCGUACUUCAUACAAAGGUAGCUUUCUGCCAGAAGUGCCUACAUGUAUAAUGAUAUUACAUCAUUGUCUUUUAGACAAGGUCAAAUUCACAACUAGGCUACAAAAAAUUAAAAUUAAGUCUGUGAUAAUUUUGAAGGAAUGGAAGAAACCUGACCCAAACUAGAGGUACUGUGAGCGAUGAGCUCAUUAAAUGAUACCCCCCGCCUCCCAUAUGGUUAUAACUGGUGAAAAAUUCCAUGUUUUCUUGUGGCCGGGAAACCGAAAAUAUGUGUCGGAUCAAAAAGUAAAACAGGAGGUGCACAAUGGCAAUAUGUAAUAAAGAUUCUGUGAAAGUUUCAUCAAAUUUCAUUCAGUGGUAUGAGAGGAGUUGCGGAUAAGAGAUGGGUACCCCAAAGCGUAACAGACGGACGGACAGACGGACGGACGGACGGACGGACGUACAGACGGACGGAAAUACCGAUUACUAUAUACCCUCCCGCUUUUCAAGCGGGGGGUAUAACAAAGAUGUAAAUGUAAAAUUGUAGCUGAUGAUUGAUUAAAAGCAUUUACAGAUUGUGCUUGCAUGGCUCAAAGGUUGCAUUUGGCAAGAAACAAGUGUGAAACAAGAGCACUUUGAUCAUUUUAACAAAGUCACUUAGAUCUAAGUGUAAAAUUAUUUUCUUUUGCCAGAUAAAAUGACAAUGACACAGAACAUUUAGGACAUUAAUAGGUCAAGGUCAGGUCACAAUGUUCAGGUGUUUGAAUUUCUGAAGGUCACGGAAAUGUAACAUUUUGAAAAUAAAACUUGACAUGGAAGGAGCACCAGGAAGUUAUACUUGGCACACAGGAGUAUUCCCAGUUAUUUGUUACAAAUGUUUCAUGUUUUUGACCAUGACACCUUCAUUCUAGAGUGUUACAAUCUUCAUUAAGACACAACAUUUAGGCCAUGGAAAAUUAAGCAAGCUGGCAGAGUUCUUCUUAAAUAUAUUUUAAGUAUUUUCUUUCAUUAGUUGAAACAGGUAGUUUUUAAGUUUUGUUAGAAAAUUGUUGUAGGUUGAUUAUUUUCCCUAUCUAGUUAAACAUUGCUACAUGUUUUGUUCUUUGUCCAUUGCAUUAUUGUUUAAUUUAAUAAAGUUGAAUUUAAUUUUAA